GUCGUUAUCUCUUUCCCGGAUAAGAUCCCAAGAACUCACCUGGCAACAUGUUUCUUCAUACGAAUCUCUGUCGCACUCUCUUCCUGUAUCCAUCGUAUCCACUAGUAUCGACUAAGCAUCUGGUUUACUGAGAUGUUGAGAAAAACAACAACAGGCUGAAUGAAAAUCAUCAUGAGGUCGUGAGGGGAAAAAUGCCUCGGCCCAAAGUCCGCCCAGAAGACCGCCAGCGCGCCGUCAAGGCGUGCAUCCCAUGCAAGGCGUCCAAGAAGAGGUGCGACGCCCAGCAACCAUGUUCGAAUUGCGUCAGGAAAAAGGCCGAAGAGACAUGCGAAUAUGCAGAGUCCAUGGUCCGACCUCGCGGGAUCCACGCCCACACGGCGAGAGCUGCAAGUGUCCAGCAGUCGUCUACUACCACGACCACCAACACCGUCGAGCGCGAACAUGACGGCGACACGAGUACGAGAUCACCGAUCGAAGAAGUGGCGUAUGAGUCGUCGCCUGCAGCAACAGCGACAGGCAAGCGCAAGAGGUCGCCCGCGCGAGGGUCGGGUCAACGCAGAUCCAGCGACGGCAGGUUGUUGUUGAAUUCCAGAGGAGAGAAAGUAUACGUCGGCGGUACGGCGUCGCUUUCGUUCUUACAAUUUCUUCGCCAAACCAUCAAGCAGCAGAUGGGUCCGUCGGUGUUCACAGACAACGAUCGACGGAAUGUCAUGCUCGAAGUACGGAGUCCGGAAGAUACGAACGCCAUCUUUGAAGAAGAUGAAAGCCAGAAACGGGCCUUGAUUGAAAUCUACUUUGCCGCGACCAAUGGCUUUCUCGAUCUAUUCACGCGCGACGAAAUCGAAGCUUACCUGACGAGCGUCCCCACGCCUACCGAUGGCGGCCGCGAGUAUGCUCUUGUGGCAUUGGACCUCAUCAUUGCCAUUGGUGGCCAGUGUCGCGCCCUUAGGCCUUUCGACUUGCGCUACGCCGUGCGGUAUUUCUCGAGGGCGCAGAAGGCAGCCGUGGCGUCUGCGCUGGAAGAUCCAUGCCUGAACAUGGUGCGCUGUUUCCUGCUGAUGGCCUUUUACAUGCUCGGCGCGUGCAGAAGAAAUGCCGCGUUCAUGUACGUUGGCAUCGCGGCACAAGCGUCCUCGGCGCUCGGAUUACAUGUCACUGAGCAAUAUCGGAACUUUACCGUUACGGAGAGGAGUGUUCGCCUACGUACGUUGAAAAGUCUCCGCGUUCUUGACGUGUUGGUAUGUUCGAUCCUCGGUCGAACGUACUCGACACCCGCCGUACGUAUCGACAGCGCCAGUUUCACCGGCAUGCAUGUCCAACCCGGCAAGCCGAGGGACAUGGCCCUCAACGCCAGUUUCGGAGCGUGCGAGCUCAUCGCCGAGAUCAUGAGUAGUGUCGACGGUGACGUGUCGAAUCCGAUCGACACACCCACCGCGAAGCGCUUCCUCGAACGUUUGAGGAGCUGGAGUGCGAAUUUGCCGCUCGAGAUCCGUCGGUUUGAAAAGGCGGGCGAUGAGCCCAUCACCCCCUCAGACCAGGAGUGUAUCAUCGGAAGCAUCCACGUGAGUUGCGUGUAUUACUUUGCCGUGAUGCUGGUGACGAGACCGUUUCUCAUCACCCACCUGAUGGCGCGAUUGCCGGGCGCUCCACUGCCGGUCAAAGAGCCUAAAGAAGGGGCGAGGGUACAGGAUUCGGAGGCGGUGAAUCUCGCUCAGGCAUGUAUCGACUCGGCGAUUCUCAUGGCGCAGACGUGCUUUGACGCAUUGCAAGGUGGGAUUUUGUUACAGAAUAUGUGUAUCAUGAAGGCAUGGGUCUUUGCAGCAGGCUUGGUCUUGGGGUUCUCCAUGUUCGCACAAGGAGAAUCCCCAUUCGACAUGGACGAAUCAUUCAACGGGGCCAGAGAGGUUCUGAAGAAACUGGCCGAACACAGUCCCCAGGCCGAACAUUACUAUGAGAUCCUGACAGGUUUCGCCGACGCCAUACAACGACACAGACAGCAUUUGUCCCGAGAAAAGAGACGCGCUAGUAACAAGUACGUCAACAGGAUCUUGUCGCUCGACGUCAACGUCGGUACCCACAAUAACAACAACACCGCCACAAGUGUAUCAGGAGCGGCGUCUCAGGUCGGGUUCUCACCCGGGAUGCUGGGGUCGAGGGACAAGGAUACCGCGGAUUCGAGCUAUCAAUUGACGGACCUUGGUUCCAUGGCUGCUGAAGCGGCCAAUGGAGGAGGGGACUCUGACGUUGCGCAACCCCUCGUUGAUACACAUAUUCAUGCCGAUGGCCAGACGACACCGUUCCAGUUACUCGGCACCACGCCUCAAUUCGCGGUGGACACUGGCGGAGGGUUCGACUUUGGGUUGUUCGGUUGGGAUAAUUUCGCCAUGCAGAUUUCGGAGAAUUUCUCAUUCGACAAUUACGGGGAUACAUGGGGACCAGCAGAAUAGGAUUGACUUGCUGACGAAGAGUAAAGACGGGGGAAAGGACAUGGUAUGACUAUGAUGAGGAUUGAGAGUUACGAAUGUCGAGAGUAUUUGGAUUGGGGACACGACGGGGAGUUGUUCAUUCUGAAACCGAAGUGAAUGGGAGAUGCAGAUCAGGUUGGUCAUGUGAGGUAGUGACUUUUUUGGUUACCGACGGCACAGCUACUAUGUGAAUUUCCUUUUUUGGCUUCUUUCCAAAGGGUUUACCCAUCAUGGAUGAUUGUGAUGGGAUGAGAGUGGGG